UCGUAAUCAUAUAAUUGGACCUAAAUUACCUAGAGCUGUGUCGCAAUAAUUUUCUAGUCACUCAACCAUGGGUCUGGCGACUCCACUCUAUCUCCUAGCAGCUGCAGCUCUACUAGUGUAUUUGUACCUAAGAAGAGUCUACGGAACAUGGAAAAGGCGAGGCCUCAACUACCUAGAACCAGAGUUCCUUUUCGGAAAUACCAGGAGAGUGAUGAUGCGAGAAAUUUCUCGUGGCGAGCAAUUUGUGGAAGUGUACAACCAGAUGAAAUCAAGAGGUUGGAAGCAUGGCGGGUACUUUGAGAUGAUCAAACCCAUGUACUUGCCUGUCGACCUGGAUUUGGUGAAAAUGAUUGUGCAGAAGGAUUUCUGGAAUUUUCCUAAUCAUGGUGCGUAUGUGAAUGAGAAGGAUGAUCCAACAUCAGCAAAUCUGUUCAACUUAGAGGAUGAAAAAUGGAAAAGCACUAGGGCAAAGCUUACACCAGCAUUCAGCUCAGGAAAACUGAAAAUGAUGUUUCCAACCAUUUGGAAAUGCUCUGAGGCUCUGGACGAUGUUCUUAGAGAAAUAGAGAGGAGCAAGACGCCUAUGGACACCAAAGAUGUCCUUAGUAGAUUCACAACAGACGUUAUAGGGAACGUAGGAUUUGGCAUAGAAUGCAACAGUCUUAAAGACCCUAACUCUCCAUUCAGGGUGUACGGUAAAAGGAUGUUUGAGCUCAGCUUCCUAAAGAUGUUGAAACGUAUGGCUAUGGUGAUGAUACCAAGGUCUAUCUUGAAACUGGUCCAUUUUAGGAGCAGUGACCCAGAGACUCAGGGAUUUUUUAGUGAUAUUGUGACAAAAACAGUGAAUUAUAGAGAGGAGAAUAAAGUAUUCCGAAAAGACUUCAUGCAUGUUCUGCUUCAACUGAAGAACAGAGGAAAGAUAACUGAUGACGACUACGUACCAUCAAAGGAAGAUAGAGGUUCAUUCAUCUCUAAUGCUGAGCUCACAACCCACUGUGUUACCUUCUUUGCAGCUGGUUUUGAGACAUCUGCUACUGCAAUGACUUUUGCUCUAUAUGAGUUGGCUAAGAAUCAAGAAAUCCAAGAUAGGCUUAGAGAAGAUAUACUGAGUACGGUAAAGGAACAUGGAGGAAAUAUGACAUAUGAAGCUAUGACUCAAAUGACAUAUUUGCACAAAGUUUUCCAUGAAACACUGAGAAGGCAUACAGCAGCAUCUGCCUUGCCCAGAAUAUGCACCAAAAGGUACAAGAUUCCAGGCACUGAAGUGGUACUAGAGCCAGGUGACAGAAUCGUAAUACCUGUUCAAGCAAUACAUAUGGAUCCUGAUUAUUAUCCUGAACCUGAUAAGUUUGAUCCUGAGAGGUUCAGUGAAGAGGCCAAGAACAAAAGACAUCCUAUGGCUUACAUACCAUUCGGUGAAGGACCAAGACUUUGUAUUGGUAUGCGUUUGGGACUCAUAGAAGCCAAAGUUGGUCUUGCGGCAAUAAUAAGCAAGUUCAAGGUCACUUUGAACAAGAAGACAGAAUCACCUAUAGUUUACGCAGUGGACUCAUUAGUUAACUCAGCUCGUGGUGGAAUAUGGUUGGACGUGCAAGAAAUAAAAUGAUGUCAAGGAUAAAAGUAUUGCAGAUAGUGGUAUUUAUAAUUAUAAAGGAUCAUUGUAUACUAAAUUAUCAAACUUUCAGCUUGAGUUCAAUGAGUUAGAAAAGUUAUAUUGUGGCACAAGUAUCUUACAAGUUAUUUUUUCUUGAUCGGUUCCAUUUAGACUUUGAAGUCUCCUUUUCUUCACCAAGCUAAAUAUAUCAGUUUCAUAACAAACAAAUCAAGUAUGAUAAUGUAGUGUAUCACGAAUAAAUGGAAAAUGAUUUUCUUCGACCCAUCUUACCUUCCACUCUAAUGGCAGUGAUGCUUGAUUUUUCUUCCGCUAGGCGGUGCUUGUAUGGUUCAAAGCUGUCAAACGUGGAUGAUAAAAAGACAUACUUUAUAGAUAUGAUACCUAUUCUUCACGUUUUGGUCCGCCGGUAGAACCAAUGAAAUCAAAGACGCG